UUUCUCUGUUGCAAAAGAUUACGGCUGAAGGAUGACGAAAACUUCAGGAACUGAUAGGAUUAGUAGAGGUGCAAUUGGAAUUGUUCCUGAGGAGCUCACUGAGGAUAACUAUGAGGAAUGGAAAAGAUGCUUGAAAUAUUAUUUGGUUGGUCAUGGCCUUUGGGGUGUUGUUAGUGGAAAGGAGCAGGAUCCUCUAAAAGAGAGUCAAGAUAAGAAACAGGAACACGAGGAAUGGCAGAAGAGGAAUGCAUUGGCCUUACAUGCCAUCCAACUUUCAUGCGGAACACGAACAUAUGUUAAAGUCAAAGCAGCUCACAAUUCUGCCCAUGUUGCAUGGAAUCAUUUGGCUGAAAAACUAAAGCCCCACAAACUACUCACAGCACAUGACCUUGAAGAUGAAAACAGCCAUGGUGAAGAUGAAGGACAGAAAGAGUACCUUCAUUAUGAGAAAUUGUACAAAGCAAUCGAGAAAGGUCAUUUUCAUCUCACAAAACAUCUCCUUGAUCAAGAGCAACACGCUGUUAAGGCAAUAGUUUCAUCACAUAAUGAAACUGCACUUCACAUUGCCAUUCUGGGUGGACACAUAAGAAUUGCAAAGGAGUUAUUGCACAGAAUGGCACGAGAAGACUUGGAAGUUGUUAAUGAAUAUGGAUCCACAGCUCUGACUCUUGCUGCAAUCAGUGGUGAAACAAGGUUGGCAAAGGCAAUAGUGGAAAAAAAUGACAGGCUACUUAUCAAGGCAAAUGACCGUGACGACGGGCAGCUUCCUGUCAUUGAGGCUGCUUUGUAUGGUCAAAAGCAUAUUGUUAAGUAUCUAUACAGGGUAACACCAAAGGAGCAUCUAAGUCCAGAUAGGGGUGAAAAUGGAGCUACAUUGCUUAAUUCGCUAAUUACAGCAGAAGUAUAUGAUGUUGCUUCAAUGCUGCUUCGACAGUAUCCAAAACUUGGCGUCACCCCUGAUCAUAAUGGUGACUACACUCUCAGGUUACUGGCUCUCAAGCCAUCUGCAUUUCCUAGUGGAACCAAACUUUCUUUCUGGAAAAAUUGGAUCUAUUCAUGUGUAAUGGUACAUUCUCCAUCGGGGAGUCCAACAGAUUCUCAUGAAGAUGAGGUAACAAAAACUCAAAGAGCAAGCAUGACUGAAGGCCACAACAUUGACAUUCAUGAUCCUAGUGAUGAUGAGAUGACUAAGACAGGGAAUCAAGGCCUUACUAGCUCUGUACUGAGGAUUUUGCGUGGACUUGGUUGGCUCAUAUUAAGAUGCCUCGUCCCAGAUAUAAAGCAAAUACAUGACAGGAAAUUGAUUCAUAAAGAAGCCAUUCAACUGCUAACCUGCAUAUUUAAGGAAAUCCGGACAUUGAGCAAGAAAGAACUUGAAAAGAUGGACAUUGAUAAAAUUUUGUAUGAUGCGAUUGAGCAUGGAAUCAUUGAGUUCGUUGAUGAAAUUUUCAAAAUUACGCCAGAAAUCAUAUAUAAAAAAGACAAAAGGGGCAGAACACUUUUUUCACAUGCAAUUGUGCUUCGCCAAGAGAAAAUUUAUAGCCUUAUAUACGCCUUGGGAACAAGAAAGAGCAUACUGGCACGUAGGCAUGAUUAUUUCCAAAACAAUUUCUUACAUCUAGCAGCCAAGCUGUCUCCAGAGUCUCAACUUGACAGGGUUUCUGGAGCAGCUCUUCAAAUGCAAAGGGAACUACAAUGGUUUCAGGAGGUUGAGAGUAUUGUACAACCAAAGAUGAAAGAAGAGAAGAAUGGUAGUAAUAAAACACCUUCCGCCCUCUUUUCUGAUGAGCAUAAGGUUUUGGCCAAGGAAGGAGAGAGAUGGAUGAAAAAUACAGCAGGAUCAAGUAUGAUUGUGGGAACUCUCAUUUCUGCAGUCAUGUUUACAACUGCCUUCACAGUUCCAGGCGGUAAUCAUAGUACAACAGGGCUCCCUGUCAUGCUAGAAACUCAACCAAAGGCAUUCUUGUUUUUUAUGGCAUCAAAUGCACUGUCGAUGUUCACUUCUUCAACAUCGAUUCUGAUGUUCUUGGGGAUUCUCACUGCACGUUAUGCAGAAGAAAAUUUUCUCAAGUCCUUACCCACAAAGUUAAUAUUUGGAAUCACAUGCUUGUUCAUCUCGAUAGUCACCAUGAUGGCGUCAUUUGGUACUGCUCUCUAUCUGAUGCUGAUCAAACAAGUAGCUUGGAUUGCCUAUCCAAUCAUUGUUUUCUCUGUUAUUCCAAUAGCUCUUUACUCAUUGCUGCAAUUCCCUCUUCUGGUUGAGAUGAUCAGUCGCACAUACGGAUAUGGCAUCUUUGACAAACCUAGAAAGAAACUCUUCAGUUUUCAUACCUGAGUUACUGCCAGCAUCUCUUCAUUCUGUUUUAUCAUGACAUUCUGUAUUCUGCUUGCGAUGGAUUGCUUUUCGAUAUUGUUUUACAAAUAAUCCUUAUCUGUGAUGUUUUGAGUAGAUUUCACAGGUAACAUUUAUUUGUUUUGACUCAUUUGUGUUGUCUCCAGCUGGUGCUGGAAUUCUACGAACUCCUUUGAUUCUGAGGAUUCCUUAAGCUAUCAAUAAAAGCAUACCUAUGGAUUGUUUUACCUAAA